AUGGCGCAGCCAGGGGUGGCCGAGGUGAACGGGCCUACCACCCACGACUCCGUCAAGGUUGAGCAUCAGCCUUCGCCCGCGAUCCAAUCUCUAGAAGCCCAGCAACACGCCCAGCAACACGCCCAGCAGCCCGCCGACAUGUCCAUCGCCGUCGCCAGCAAGCGAAAACGCGACGAUGAAACUGAUGCCGGACAAACCGCGCAGGGCGAGAGGCCGACUUCCAAUGGAACGCCAGCCAUCAACGGCUCUUCCGCACCCGCCCUAAAACACACCAAGGCGGAGAUCGAGACCUUUCUAAAGCUUCUCCAAAGCCUUUACACAACCUGUCCCCUCGGUGGACGGCGCUCCACCUGCAAAGCGCGCAAGGUCCGAAGAUGCGACAAGCCCCCGCCAGAAACCAUCGCCGAGAGGGUCACUCAAGGAGUGUAUGCGAAUAUUCAAGAGCUGGCGAAUGAUUUGACGGCGAUCACUCGCUCGCGCCUCACAAGUUCCCUUCCCCUCGAGCAGACCCAGGCCGUGUUUACUCUGCAUAACCAAUGCCGCAAAUACUGCAAGCUUGAGAUCGCAUACCCUCACGCGAAGCCAAUCACCUCGCCCACUCCGACGAAACAGAAUCUGCUUGCGGUCACUGUUCCCGGUCGAAAUGAGGAGCCCAUCACGCUCUUCGCAAGCCCUCUCACGACCAAAGACGUAUUGGACAGGACGGAAACGCUCGCGCACAAGCUUCCAUCCGGCAUCAAGUCAACCGUCAUGAUCUCGGGCGGGGAUGGUGUCGAGAAGAAGCUGCCCGUUAAAGUACCCAAGACACUUGGCGAAACCCUUCCUGCACCCAAGAACCGCCUUCCUCUUAUGCCCACAGCCGCGAAACAGGCACAGGCGAAGCCCAACGCCAAAGAGAACGUGCUUGGCUUCCAGCAACCGAAACCUCACAAUCCUUGGACGAAGUGGUCGAAUGCAUACCCUAAUCAGGUCUUGUCUGUCGGCCACUACCUCGAUUAUACAAAGGCUACCGUCGAAUCACCUAUCAAAACUAAGCAGAGAGAGCGAGCACAGAGCCUGGCUGGCCACAAGCCAUCAUCAACAGAACUGGAAAUGUCGGAAAUGGAGUCCCUUUUCCGGACUGCCUUUCAAGUUUCUCCCCGUCCCGCGAUGACUCGGGUGCCGUUGUUCCAUCAACUCUCGCCGGUCGUAUCUGGUGGCAGCAAAAGGGACAGAUGGCGCGCCAGACUCGACGGAAGAGGGGAGACUAUUGAUAAGGCGAUUGAGGCGAAACCUGUGGAAAUCGAGAUUGAUCCGGCUCUCAUCGAAACUGUGAUCACGGAGUUGGGCGACGAUGCAAAGAUGACUGUGUUUGAGCCACCACCGGCCACCGUGAAGACCGCCGCUGACCAGGACGUGGACGAUUUGCUUGAAGAGGUGCAUGAUCUGAUUCUCACCCUUUCCUCGUUCCAGCACAUCCGCAACAUCACCAAGUCUGUUACUUCCACCAACAGGCUGGCUGUAGGUGAGACAGAUAUGCUUACCAACAGCCAACUGCCUUCGCCGUCCGAGGAUGAGCUCGCCACCUAUGAGACGCUCAAGACCCUGCUGCAAUCCAUCAUUCGGAGCCUACCACCUUACGCCGUUGCGAAGCUGCAGGGAGACCAGCUGAAUGACUUGCUCGUGAGCACAAGGGUCCCCAUCGAGCUCGAAGAGUACAACGGUAUCAUGGCGGAGGAUGAGGCCGCGGCCCAGGAACGUUUGAGGCUGGAAGUCCAGCAUAAGAUGCAGCAACAACAGCAGCAACAACAAAAGAUGCAGCAGGCCGCCAACACGAACGCUGCCUCGCGCGCAUCCGCGCAUCGUGCUCACAAUGCGACGCCAUAUAACGCUAAUCAGUACCACCCUGGCAAUCCCGCUCAGUACACGCCUCACCCGCAAGCCAGGACCCCCGUUCCCCAGACUCACUAUUACAGGUCCGUAUCGAGCCAGCCGGUCCCCUCGCCUCAGGCCCAACCGCCUCGGCCCAUUCCUCCCCAACAGUCGCCCUCGCAGCACCACAUUCAGCCGCAAAGGGCCAUAAGCCAGCAGUAUCGAGCCAAUGGCUACACUGCGCCAUUUGCUCCUCAGCUAGCUAAGACCCAGACGCCGUACGGCCAUCAAGGCAUGCAGCACCACACCCCGAACCAGCGGCCGCAGCCCUCCCUGCACCCUAUGCUGCCGCACCCCAGCAUCGAAGCCCAAGUGCGACGUCCAGCAGGCGCCGCCGCAGCGCUAUGGCACCCUGUUCAGCACCAGAUGCAAAACGUACACAGGUCCCCGAUGCCUCGGGCUGCGAGCGUUUCGGGAACGCCGCAUAUGCCUAGUGGUGUUAGCACCGCCCCUGGACUCACUGGAUACCACACAGUAAUGACGGACAGCCAACAGCAGCGCAUGCUGGAGCAAGCGCGCGCGGCGGCUAGGGAUGGAAACAGCGGAUACAAUUCGCCCGUGUCCGGUCUCGCCGGAAUUGGGCUAGGUGUUGGGCAGACAAUGAACCGCUCACCGGCCCCCGUUCCUGCGCGCCCCAACAUGCCGGGUGUGCUUCAGCAGGUGCCCCCGUGCAGCAUAGGAUCAUGA